GCUGGUAGCGAGCAGGGGAGGGGUCGACUUACAGUACGCUGAACAUGGAAGGGAAAUGAAAAAGUCAAGUAGCAUUUUGAAAGUCUAAAUAGCCGCUUUUCAAAGGAAUCCCCCAGCAAGGGUUCAGCUGCUGCGGGUACGAGGAAGGACUGACUGCUGUUAACUGGGAGAAGACCUGUCUUUGCUGUGAGGCCGUCUUUCUCCAGAGGCUUUUAAAGCUUCUGCAUCUAGACCUCCUUCACGUGUGAUCGUUAUUGGAUUUGAAACAUCCCGCUACAGCUGAACCACAAGUGCCACAACCAAGCAGCAGCCUUGUCUCGUUAAUAUUUAAAGUUUCCUUAAUAGCUACUGAUGUUUCAUUCUGAUAUAUGAUUGAACCUUGAUACCAUCAUCACCUCAUAUCGGAUCUACAUAAGAAGCUGCCGCAGUACUUUAUAUAAAAGCUGUUGCAAUAGGUCACAGUUACCUCAUUGAUUACUGACUCUAUCCAGCAUCCCAUUGUAGUUGUACACAUAAAAGUCAACAGAGAGUGACAGUUAUCUCAAGAUGGUGGAGGAAGUCAUUUAUGCUACUGGCAUGGCCCACAAGCUGAGAAGCCAGUGGGAUCGUGAUGAGGGUCUGGGACAGAAUAACAACGCGGUGAAGUUUCUGGGUCAGGACUACGAGUCUCUGAGAGCCCAGUGCCUCCAGAGCGGGAGGCUGUUUGAGGAUAGCCUCUUCCCGGCCGCUGCAACGUCUCUGGGAUUCAACGAGCUUGGACCGAGAUCCUCCAAGACCGCCGGAGUCCGCUGGAUGAGACCCACGGAGUUCUGCAGGGCGCCCGAGUUCAUCGUGGGCGGAGCUACUCGCACAGACAUCUGCCAGGGAGCUCUGGGGGACUGCUGGCUGCUGGCAGCCAUCGCCUCGCUGACCUUAAACGAAACCCUCCUCCACAGAGUGGUUCCUCACGGUCAGAGCUUCCAGCAGGGAUACGCUGGCAUCUUUCACUUCCAGUUCUGGCAGUUUGGUGAGUGGGUGGACGUGGUGAUCGAUGACCGGCUGCCGGUGAAGGAUGGGAAGCUGCUGUUUGUGCACUCAGCAGAGGGAACCGAGUUCUGGAGCGCACUGAUGGAAAAGGCCUACGCCAAGUUGAAUGGCUCAUAUGAGGCUCUGUCAGGCGGCAGCACGUCAGAGGGCUUUGAGGACUUUACAGGGGGUGUGACAGAGAAUUUCGAGCUGGGGAAGCCCCCUCCAGACCUCUUCAGUAUCAUGAAGAGGGCCAUAGCAAGAGGAUCAAUGCUGGGCUGCUCCAUAGAUAUCACCAGCACAGGAGACAGGGAGGCUGUUACAUUCAAGAAGCUGGUGAAGGGACACGCUUACUCUGUGACUGGUGCAAAUGAGGUGCCGUACAGAGGGGGAAUGAUCAAGCUGGUCCGCAUCAGGAACCCCUGGGGAGAAGUGGAAUGGACGGGAGCCUGGAGUGACAACUCCAGAGAGUGGGACAGUGUGGAUGGCUCCCUCAGAAGUCAGCUACGAGUCAGCAGUGAGGACGGUGAAUUCUGGAUGUCGUUCAAUGACUUCCUGCGCGAGUUCACCCGCCUGGAGAUCUGUAACCUGACAGCUGAUGCCCUGGAGAGCACCCAGCUGAAGAAAUGGAGCACUUCACUCUUUCAGGGAGAAUGGAGGAGAGGCAGCACCGCUGGAGGCUGCAGGAAUUUCCCAGCUACUUUUUGGCUGAACCCUCAAUUCAAGAUUACCCUGCGGAACCCGGAUUCUCCCGACAAACCAGACUGCAGCUUUUUGGUCGCCCUCAUGCAGAAGGACCGCAGGAAGAAACGUAAAGAAGGCAUUGACAUGGAGACCAUUGGAUUUGCUGUCUACGAGGUUCCAAGUGAGUGCGUGGGCCAGUCGGGGGUCCACCUGAAGCAGCAGUUUUUCCUCACCAACGCUUCUCGCGCCCGCUCUGAGACCUUCAUCAACCUGAGAGAAGUCAGCUCACGGUUGCGACUACCAGCCGGAGAAUACGUCGUCGUGCCCUCCACCUUUGAGCCGAAUAAAGACGCCGACUUUGUCAUCAGAGUUUUCUCUGAGAAACCUGCCGACUCUGAGGAGCUUGAUGACAAGAUUAAUGCGCAGCUUCCACCAGAGGUUCCGCUAGAUGAGAGCCAGAUCGACGCAGGCUUCAAGGGUCUCUUCAGACAGCUUGCGGGAUCGGACAUGGAGAUCAGUGUGACAGAGCUGCAAACCAUUUUGAACAGGAUCAUUAGCAAACAUAAAGACCUGAAGACAGACGGCUUCUCACAAGAAGCUUGCCGCAGUAUGGUGAACCUUAUGGAUUCAGACGGCACUGGAAAGCUGGGCCUGACAGAGUUCCAUGUACUCUGGGAAAAGAUUAAACGCUACCUGACCUUAUUCAGGCAAUUUGAUGUGGACAAAUCGGGCACCAUGAACAGCUAUGAAAUGAGGAUGGCUCUGGAAAAUGCAGGUUUCAAGCUGACCAACCACCUGUUCCAGCUGAUCAUCUUGCGCUACACAGAGGAAGACAUGACUGUUGACUUCGACAACUUUGUCAACUGCCUGAUUAGACUGGAAACCUUGUUCAAAACCUUUAAGACCUUGGACACAGAUGGAGACGGCGAGAUAACCCUCAACUUCUUUCAGUGGAUCACCCUGACCAUGUUUGGCUAGAGACGGGUGGACUCCUCUCUGACUGUUGCACUGCACCCCAUUGUAGCUCCAGAUCCAGUAUCUGUUGUUUCAGAAGUGCCUUUUUUGCUCCUGUUCUCUCUUUUUUCCAUGCUGAUAUGAAAAUGUAUCUUUUGGGUGCCUGUAUUGGAAACAUGCCAAUCCUGUGUUUGCCAACAGAAAGAACUAUGUACAGUAUUUACAGCCUGGCAGUCAACUUGGCAGAAACGCUAACUGUAAGUUAGGCCGACAGUGUUUAGCUACUCACAUAGAAAUAAUCUUAUUACAUUUGAGUGGGAGUGGGUGGAAACAGUAACGUAAUUAAUCUAGUUUAGCUAGCAGGUUUUUCCAGGACCAAACCUAGAAAUCAAACCCUUUGACAAAUUAACUGAUGAACACUACAUUAUUACACACAUAAAAUGAGAUUCAAUUCAAAAAAAGGUAUUAAUUCAAAAUGGCAUGUUACUGUUUCACAAGUGUUUUUCCUUUUUAAUCAAUGAUUACUCAUUCAUGAUUUGCAAAAUGUACGGUAUACCUGGAUAGUAAGGGGUGCCCCUUUAUGGCCUAAAUCGACGAUCCCUGAGGAAAACCAAUCUGUAGAAUGAUCCUUUCUCCUUUUUUAAUGGGAGUUGAUGUUUGAAAUCGGGCCUGCUGCCAGUUAUUAUAAUCUCAGUGCCAGAUGUGGUUGAUGUGGAGAUCCAUGCCAGCUCGCUCUUCAACAACAUUCAGUGCGUAUAAAUGUUUACCUCAGCCCUUGUAGCAGCACUGCUGGCCUGGAACUUUCUGUCUGUGCCAAACUUUGCUUUCAGCUCAGCAUCAAGGGUCCAGUCAUUAAGAAUCACUGGGCCCCGCGGUACAGACACAGUUGUGUUGGGCUGUAUCAUUGGGAAUGUGUUGACUUUAGCUUUAAGACAUGCCUGCUUAUCAUUAUGAAUGGCAUUUUUUACAAACUGUUAUGUGAAAUAUAUAAAAAAAAAAACAACCUCAUAUCAUUGCUGGAGGUUAUGUGUGGGAGGUGUUAGGUUUAUUUAAUCUUUCAAAUGAAACAAGUCAGAAUUAGGUGAAGAUGAAUAAUUACAUAAGAUGGAUGGAUAUGUUGUGUGAAAUGUGAGGUGUUGUCUGCCUGCCUGAAUUAUAAAACAAGUGUUUUAUUUGAGGAGUUGUACUACAACAUAAUGUGACAUGAAGGGGGAAAACUUAAAGUCAUUAAAGUAGGAAGGGUGUCAACAUUUUGUUAUCAAGCAGAGAUUUGACCUGCAUGUGUUUAAAACACCAUCACGUUUUUUCUGCCAACUUGUUUUUGAGUUUUUCAAAUGAUGACAUUUUGAAACAAUACUUUUUAGUUCAUCAAAAAAAA